AUGCCAGCGAUAGUAUCGGGACCACCGCAACAGAGUGAGCAUAUGUGGCAAGCAUUAAAAAAUCACAUCACCAGAGAACGUCAACGAAAAAAACAAGAACAAGAAGCUGAUGCCGAAGAAGAAAGAUUAAGAAAAGAACGUGAAAGACAACAAAAACAAGAUGUUAUGACUUUAGGGGAAACUCGAGAACAAAUUUGCAGUUUAGAAACUGAACUUUCACAAUUAAAAGAUGAAAAACAUCAAUUAUUUUUACAACUUAAAAAAGUUCUUAAUGAAGAUGAUAAUAGACGUCGACAACUAACUAAAGAAACAAACAUAUGCUCAGAUGUUCUUACUGUUGGUAAUUAUCAAACAACAGGAGCAAACGUAGUACAUCAACAAUUGUUUUUACCUCUGCCAACUCGGAGUUCGCUGUACAAAGUUGCAACAACUGCUACUUCAUCUCAUACAUUGAUGACUAACGUAAAUGGACCACUAAAAAGAAGUCAUAGUCCGUCACCACCACCUUCAGCAUCGUCUUAUCAUACAGCUUACGGAUACAAGCCUCAACCAAUGCCAAAUUAUAAUCCUCCUCACUCACGUGACGUAAGGGGAGAUGGAAUGGGUUUUACAGAGUCUGAUGAUGCUGCGCGAAGAACUGGUGACUCACGUGCCGUUCUCUGGAACAAAAAUAACCAGUAUCCUCCCUCAACAUUUUAUUCAACUCCUGGUGGACAAAGUGUUUACAGUUAUUCAGCACCUACGUCACAAUCAUCACGAGAAACUGAUCAAGGUAAAUCGGUUUAUUUGUCAAGUAACCGAGCACCAAUUACCCAUCAGCCAGUAGCAUACGUAACGAAUCUGCAUCCAAUGGAUCAUAAUAAUACGUAUUCAGAAGAAAAAUUUUAUUUACGUCCCAGUAAUCAUGGUGCUAAAACAGGCAGUAUUACAUCCGGGUAUCCUGUAAGAGCUCCAAAACCUCCAUCAGGACCUUAUCCACCGCCAGGAACUUACGUCAGUUCUCCUAAUACCAAUAAUUCUGGUAGAUUUUUCAUUCCAACCGGUAAAGGGUUUCAUACAAGUACAAUCUAA